AUGUCUUCGAAUCCUACUAGUCAUUUUGUUAUUAUAUCUAACCGUCCAAUUGUUCAAGAGAAUGGUGAAAUAAAUCAAGGUUCAUUAAAACUUCACUAUUGGGAAUGGAAAGGUCAUCAACCUACAAUACUUUUUUGUCAUGCUGCUUCAUUUCAUGGUCGAUGUUAUGAUCCUAUUAUUAAUGAAGCUUUAUAUGGUUUUCAUGUAAUUGCUUUAGAUUUUCGAGGUCAUGGUCGAUCACAAACACAUCCUCCACCUUAUCAUGUUCGAUGGCAUGGAGAAGAUGUUUUACAAUUUAUUGAAACACUCAAACUUAAUAAAGAUAAUCUUAUUGGUAUUGGUCAUUCCAUGGGUGGAUAUGCAUUAAUAUAUGCUGCAGCAAUAGCAUCAACACGUUUAUUUCGAUCUUUACUUCUAUUUGAUCCUGGUAUUAUUCCUCGUUUAUUAUAUGGUAUUGGUGAUAAGAGACAUGAUUCAUUAGAAUAUAUACUUCGUCGAAAAAAUCAAUGGUUAUCUGUUGACGAUAUGUUAGAAAAAUUAGAAAAACGUGAACCAUUUUCACGAUGGUCAAAAGAUAUUCUUCGAAAUUAUUGUACUUAUGCAUUAGAUGAAAAUUCUAAACUUAUAUGUAAUUCAGAAGGAGAACAUUCUAUGUAUCAAUCAAGUUUACAAACUAAUUCAAAUAUUUAUCCAUUUAUUGAACAAUCAAAAUUUAUUCAAGAUAUUCCAAUACAUAUCGUAAGAUCAUCAUUUCCAUUGAUUGUAGGUCAAUUUGAUACAUCACCAACAGCACCUGAUCUUGUAAAAUGGUUUAAAAAAGGACGAGAUACUCAAAUGAAAAAUGCUACACAUUUAUUUCCAAUGGAACAACCAGAGUUAAUGAUUGAUUUUGUGAAAGAAAUGAUUAAAGAUAAUAUACGUUCGCAACUUUAA